AUGUCCACCUUCGGUGCUUUCAAGAUUCCCAUCAUCUCCAACGAACCAAAUAAACACUAUGGCAAGGGCUCUCCAGACAGAGAAGGUCUGGCGUCUGCAGUAGCAGCAUUGCAGAAGAAGGCUCCCCUCGAUAUUCCUCUGGUGGUCUCUGGCCAACCCAUCAAGACCUCUUCCAUCCUCGCCCAGAACAAUCCUUCCUUCCACGCAACCUCCAUUGCCCGAUAUUCGAAUGCCUCCGCCAAGGAUGUCAACCAAGCUAUCGAGGGAGCCCUCGCCGCGAAGCCUGCGUGGGAAUCCCUUCCCUUCGCCGACCGUGCCGCCGUCUUUCUCAAGGCAGCCGAUUUGAUUAGCACAAAAUACAGAUAUGAACUGAUGGCUGCUACAAUGCUGGGACAAGGCAAAAAUGCAUGGCAAGCCGAGAUUGAUGCAGCUGCGGAGUUGAUCGACUUCUUGAGGUUUAAUGUCAAAUACGCAGAAGAGCUGUAUGCUCAGCAGCCACCAUACAACUCUCCUGGUGUCUGGAAUAGAGUGGAAUAUCGACCAUUGGAAGGCUUUGUCUACGCGAUCUCUCCAUUCAACUUCACAGCCAUUGGGGGAAACUUGCCAGGCGCUCCCGCUCUGAUGGGCAAUGUGGUUAUCUGGAAGCCCAGCCCGUCUGCUGUUGCGUCCAACUAUCUGGUCCACCAAAUCCUGAUGGAAGCCGGCCUCCCGGCGGGUGUUAUCCAAUUUGUGCCCGGGGACGCUGAGGAAGUGACUGAGGCUGUUCUCAGCCACAAGCAAUUUGCUGCUCUACACUAUACCGGCUCCACCGCUGUCUUCAGAAAACUGUACGGUCUAAUCGGUCAAGGUAUUGCUGAAGGAAGAUACAAGGGAUACCCCAGAAUAGUGGGGGAGACGGGAGGAAAGAACUUCCAUCUCGUUCACAAGAGCGCCGACAUCGAUAAUGCCGUGGUGCAAACCAUCCGAGGAGCAUUCGAGUAUCAAGGUCAAAAAUGCAGUGCAUGCUCGAGGUUGUAUGUACCUUCCUCGAUAUGGCCCGCCUUCAAAUCCAAACUUGUGACCGAAACAGAGAAGUUGAAAGUGGGCCCUCCCGAAGAAUUUGGCAACUUCAUUGGACCUGUCAUUCACGAGACGAGCUUUAAGAAGCUCUCGGGCGUGAUCGAUGCUGCCCGAGACGACAAAGGCCUGGAGCUCAUCACCGGUGGGAAAUACGAUAGCUCUAGGGGAUAUUUCGUGCAUCCCACCGUCUAUGUCGCCAAGGACCCUGCUCACAAAAAUAUGAACGCCGAAUUCUUCGGUCCGAUAUUGACCGUCUAUGUUUAUGAUGAUUCCCAAGCCGAUGGAUUUGAGGAGAUCUGCAAGGUGGUGGACCGUACUUCUGAAUAUGGUCUGACUGGUGCCGUCUUUGCUUCAGAUCGUGCAGCAAUCAGGUAUGCUGAGGAGGCUUUGAGAAAUGCCGCUGGAAACUACUACAUCAACUGCAAGAGCACAGGUGCUGUGGUCGGUCAACAGCCAUUUGGAGGAGCACGUGCUUCAGGUACCAACGACAAGGCUGGAUCCGCUGCCAUCUUGUCGCGAUUUGUGAGUAUGAGGUCGAUAAAGGAGGAGACUCUUCCCACCACCAAGGUUGAGUAUCCUUCGAAUGACGUGUAG